UUUGCUCCAAGCCACAAACCCACCAGAAAAAAAAAAGAAACACGAGAGAGAGUGAGAGAGAGUGAGAGAGAGGCUCUUCUUCUUCUUCUUCUUUUUCUCACUUGCACACACUUUUCACCAGAUUUCAUCUUUGAUUUUUGCUAGCUUUUUUUCUUCCUAAUUUCCUUCUUUCCCUUCUUCUUCUUCUUCUCUCUGAUUUAUGAUUCCUCUACCCCUUUCUGUCUACAUCUUCCAUCUCAUCAUCAUUUCUCUUCAACUAUGGCUUUCUUCUAUUUCUAUUCUUUCUUUAUAAUCAGCAAUUAUUAGUAUACUUGUAUUAUUAUUUACAAUUCACAAUUUCCCAACUCAACUUAGAUCUGCAGGAUUGAUUUGCACACUACUUCCUACAAUCCCUUCCUUCCUUCACUAAUCUCUAUCUAAUUAAUCAAUUGGCCGCUUUUUGUUUGGCCACAAAGAGGAUUUAUUUGAAGGGUUUGCCAUUUUUUUGUAAAACCCUCUCUUUAUUCCUCAACUGUUUAUUUUUUGUUUUUUUUCGGUAGUUAGACAAACCACACCCACCGCCUGUUCUUUCAUUUUAUUAAGAACCAGGCUCUUCUAUUUCUUCCCUAAUUAUUUAAUUCUUACCUAAAAAAUAAAAAAGAAAUUAUUUUAUUAUUGUUGUUGUUGAGAAUGGCAGGUGCUAUGAAUUUUUGGAGUAGCACAGCAGCAGAAGCAGAUGUAAAUGAUCCCUUUGGGGGUGGUGAGUUAAUGGAAGCACUUGAACCUUUUUUGAAAACUGCUUCUUCCACUCCCCCUAAUCCCCCCUCUUCUUAUUCUCCUUUUCCUACUUCCAAUCCCUCUUUCUCUAUUUCCACACCCAAUCACCACUACCCAUAUAUCACUCCUCCCUCUGGUUCCUACCCCUACAAUUCUUACUUUCCCACCUCCCAAUUUGACAUUGCAGCACCGGCCCAUGAUUUUUCGUUUGGGCCGGGCUACUCUUAUGAGCAAGUACAAUUUUCUUCAACCCAGGCCCAUAAUGAUUUGGGCCAGACUUCGGCCCACUACCAAUUACAGCCGACGGCUGACAUUCCUGGGCCGAGGCCCAUUUCGAUGAAACGAGUCGGCUCGCCGCCGAAGCCGACCAAGCUGUACAGAGGUGUACGGCAGCGCCACUGGGGGAAAUGGGUGGCGGAGAUCCGUCUGCCGAAGAACCGCACGCGGCUGUGGCUCGGCACCUACGACACGGCGGAGGAGGCGGCGCUGGCCUACGACACGGCGUCGUUCAAGCUCCGGGGAGAUUUCGCGAAGCUGAACUUCCCGCACCUCCGCCACGGCGGCUCGCACAUCGGCGGCGAGUACAAGCCGCUCCACGCUAGCCUCGAGGCCAAGCUGGAGGAGAUCUGCCGUACUCUCGCCGAGGGAAAGAGCGUUCAGACCGGUAGGGGAAAGAAGUCGCCGUCGAAUCAGAAAAAAUCGGCGGCGGCGGCGGCGGCGGAAGAAGGGACGGAGAAGAAGUGCAAGGCGGCGGGGUCCGAGAGCGACGGUUCGGGUCCGGAUUCGGAUACGAUGUACCCGGAUUUUGGGGCGGGUCAUCAACCCGAUUGGGAGAUGGAGACGCUGGAAUUGGAGAAGUAUCCAUCUUAUGAAAUUGAUUGGGCUGCUUUAUAAUUUGGCAAUAAGCGCAGCCCUUUCUUGCAAAAAAGAGAGAGUUAUUAAAAACAAUGGUCAAUAGGAAUUGCUUAGUGUUACUAUUAGUAGUGAGAUAGUUCUGCAAUGAAUUUUUAGGCAUUUGCAGGACAAUGUAUUUUGAGGUUUGUGCUGUAUUUCUUUUUUUGAAUAUAUCUGUAAUAUCUUGUUAUUUGUAAUCCAAUUGAUUCUAUUCUACAA